AUGAGCAACGGAGACCAACAGAACGACAAGCCCAACUACUAUGAACUCCUCUGCCUCGAACCAGGCGCCUCCAAAGACGACGUUCGUAAGGCUUACCGUAAACAAGCCCUACUCUUCCACCCUGACAAGAUGAAGCCGCACAUGAAGGAGGAAGCCUCCCAGCACUUUCAGCUCAUCAGCGAAGCCUACGACGUCCUCUUCGACGACAAGAAGCGGGAACUCUACGAUCGAUAUGGAUACGAAGGCGUCAAGGCAGGGGGUGAUCCUAAUCCACAGCCGGACCUUUCAGGAUUUUUCCCGCACGGAGGACAUCCAUCACAGGCUCCUGGGCGUCCUCAGGACUUUGGAUUCGGAUUUGACCCGCCCUUCUUUUCGUCCUUUGGUGUACCAGCAGGUGCUGGUGGUUUUCAUGAUCAAGCCUUCUUCGCGGAUCACCAGCAGAGACAUAUGCGCAACCUGUUUGACCAACAUAUGGGAUCGAUGUUUAGCGGUGGUGGUGGGUUCUCACGCGGACAUGGACCGGGUUUCCCGCCGGAUUUCAUGCACGACCAUGGAUUCCAUCAACAACAUCAUGACGCUUUUUUCAAUUCGGCUUUUGGAGACCGGGACCCUUUCCAGCGUGGAGGGCAACAACAACAACAGCAGCAGCAGAGACCAACGUUGUUUUCGACGUCUCCGUUCGCUAACCAGACCCAAACACAGUCGCAGUCGCAGUGGUCCGGAACUGGUUCGAGGUCUAGUCCGUUCACCAUGUUUGGAUCCAAUGGCAAUAGAGGAGGAUUUACGACAAGUUCGUCUUCUUCUUCAUCAACAGUGGGAGGUAGUGGGAGUCGGACAUCGACAAGGACGACGAUUGUGAACGGGAAACGGACAACGGUGACCGAGGUGACCGAUGCGCAGGGUGUUACGACGACGACGGUCGAUAAUCCGGACGGGACUCGGGAGACAUUUGUAAAUGGCGUUGCAACUGCGAUCGAGGAGCAAGCACAACCGACGGUCAGGCAGGAGCAGGGCUCUGCUGGACAGCAACCGAUUAUCAUCCAUGACGACGAUGAUAAUACUCAAGGAUCUUCCAACAGAAGUCGUGAUCGCGGUGGUAGAAGCUCACAUACUGACGGCGGCGGAGGUUCCUCAGGCGGAUAUCGACUUGGUGGUAGGGGUGAGGGGGCGGAUUCUUCCGCGCGGAGGGCGAGUCGAGAUCGGAACCAGUACCAAGGGACAGCAUCGUCAGCAGCUCGUCCGGAAGUCAGGACUGAGACGGUGUUCUUGGAUGAUGAUGACGAUGAUGAGAUCUUGUAUGAGACCUUGUCAGAGCACCGGCGUUCUCGACAACAACGCGGCAGCGGCGGACGAGAAGCUACCACUGGAACUGGAACUAGAGCGGGACGUUACGCGGGAGUGACACAGGAGCGGGGUGGCUAUUUUAACUACGAUGAACCGGAUCUCUACCACCCACACAUGGGAAACGGUCAAAGACUUCGCGGAUCAAAUUCUCCAGAGCAAUCUAGAUAUAAUCGAGACUGA